AUGACUGGAGUCCAAAGCCCUGUCAAACAGGGUUUGGAAGAGUGGGAGGAGGUCGCCGAUGACUACUCUGUCGUGUCGCUCUCAUCCGAUGACGAGGAUGGUAGUGCCCCUCUCACAACGGCGACCACAACCCAUAAGCCAUCUUCGACUGCCGGUGCAGUGAAGAAUGCCGCCGCCGGCUCUCCAGCGACUGAAGACGCGAAUCAUUCUCGCCCGACUUCCGCCAAGCAAACCUCUAGCUCAACAGCAACAAGCAGCGAUCAGCCACCGAAGCGAGAACUCCUAGAUUUGCUUGGCAAUUCCCUCCUACCCAAUGACGCCAUUCAGCCAAUCUGGAACUCAUACCAGAACAAGCAGCAAACUCCAACGCCGCCACUAAAACCAAGCAACGGCAAGGAAAUCGAGGAGCUGAAUCGAGACAUCGGCCGCCUAACAAUGGGCGCCGAGGACGCCGACGAGGCUGAGUCAUCGAGUAAACCGGAAGGCACCUUGGGCGAAACCCUGGAUUUGGACGACUCCUCGAUGAACCCUACCAUCAUCAGCCAGAAGCUAGAGUCACUUGGCGAAUACCUCCUCGACACGUUCAACCGGACCAGCAAGGAGCUGACUGGCUUUGACAAGGCGCCGAGCAUCGCCAACAGUUGUCAAGCACUCAUGGCGAACAUCAAUGAUCUUCGUCCCAUACUCGCUGAUUACGCAUCGCAAUGGGAUACAAAUGCUGAGAAGGAAAUUCCGCUCGACCCUAGCGUCACCCUUUGGAUGGAUUCUUUGCGUACUGUUCUUGCAAGACUUCGGAGAAAAGCCAGGGCCUGGCCGCAGCAUCCGGCAGGUGAAGAGGCAAGGAUCCGUGCGAGCUUGAACAAGUAUGCUGCUGCACUGGACAAGCAGGACAAGCAGAUGCAAGAGUUUCUGCCUAUCAUACAAGCCGACUUCAACAGCUACCGGACACAGAACAUGCAGUUUCCGGUAGAAACCACGGAAGACUCCGCCAACAGCCCGGGACGUUCAGGUCGUAUCCCGGCACGGCCCACGUCUCGUCUAUCCCAAGUCCGAGACGCCCUAUACGCACUUAAGGAUCAAGUUCAGAAUACGAUUCAUGUCCUCGCAAUCAGCCACCACUUUCUUCCCCAGACUGCUUCGGAGACUGCCGUCGCUGUUGUCCAGUGCCUAAGGUCUACCGUCAACGCCGCGUCCCUCGCCCUGACCAACAACGGCUCGGAAUGGCUUGAAAGUGACUCUGGUAGAGCUCAUAUUGGGUUGCUGUCCCAUGCCGAGUUUAGCAAUUUGGACCCUGCGAUGCUCCGGGACUACGCAGCGCGACUGAAGCAAAUCUGUAACCUCGUAUCCGACCCCAAUAGUCAUCAGCGUUGGACUGAGGAGAUGAUUAAGGACCAUUAUAUCUACAUGUUGGUUGAACAGGAGCAACUUGAUGCUCUCCAUAAUAUCGCCUCUGCACUUGAGGGGAUGUUGCUUCCACAACACAUGAAAACCAAGACCGAGUUUGAUGAUUUUUUGAAGGAGAUGUAA